AUGCCAAGAGGUGGAAGAGGUAGAAGACAUGCUAACAUCGGGCGUAAUACCCGUAACAGUAGAAAUGUGCAAAAUCACAGACAAAAUGAAAAUGACGAAAAUCAUGCUGAUAGAUUACGUCAACAAAGAGAUCGUGAUAGGUCACGUUCUCAAAAUCGGCCAAUAAAUAUCAAUUCUGUAAAUUUUAAUGGUGCAGCAUUUCAAUAUAACCCACAACUUGAUUAUUCAUCUCACAAAUACGUUGUCAUUGGAAGUAUCGAUAAAAUUUGCGGAUUUUGUCAAGCAUUGAAAUUUAAAACUGAAACACCAGGCAUGUGUUGCGCUGCAGGAAAAGUUCGUUUACCAGACAUACAAUAUCCGCCCGAACCAUUAGCUACAUUAUUAUCCGGAACAUCACCCGAUUCCAAAUAUUUUCUUGAAAAAAUUUCCACAUAUAAUUCAUCUUUUCAGAUUACAUCUUUUGGUGCUGGACAAAUUAUAACCGAUAACUUCAUGCCAACGUUCAAGGUAAUACAUCAACUUGAACGUUCAACAAGAUUCCCUGACACAUGUAAUGAAUCAUUAGGUUUUAUAGACUCUAAUUAUGGCGUUUUCCAGAUUCAAGGGCAAGCAUAUCACCUAAUAGGUUCAUUACUACCACUACCCGAUCAAGAGUCAAAAUUUUUGCAAAUUUAUUUCAUUAAUGACAACGAUGAUGAGCUUGAAACACGAUGUGCAUUUUCCAGAAAUAUAAACAGAGUCAUCAUGAGAGAGUUACAAGAUUUAUUACACACACACAAUGUUUUGGUGCAAAGUUUUAAAACAACAUUCGAAAGAUUGUCAUCUGAUAAUCAUAAAAUCAAAAUUGAUGCAAAUAAAACGCCUGCCGGCGACCAUCGUGGAAGAUACAAUCAACCAACUUCAAGCAACGAGGUUGCAAUUGUUAUAUCUGGUGAUGAUUUUCAACCAAGGGAUAUUGUUUUGCAAAGAAGAAAUGAUACACUGCAACGUGUUAAUGAAACGCAUCGAAAAUAUGAUGCAUUGCAAUAUCCUCUUAUGUUCUGUCGUGGUGAAGAUGGUUAUUCGAUUGAUAUAAAACUAAUAAAUCCAACAAAUGGUCAAGAAACAAAUAAAACUGUAAGCGCAAUGAAUUAUUAUGCAUACCGAAUCAUGAUAAGAGGAAAUCAAGAGAAUCACAUUUUAAAAUGUCGUAAAUUAUUUCAUCAGUACAUUGUUGACAUGUAUGCGAAAAUAGAAACAGAACGAUUGAAUUACAUUAGAUUCAACCAAAGAAAAUUACGCUGUGACGAAUACAUACAUUUACGAGAUGCAAUUAACAACGAUACCAACGUGAAUAACAUUGGUCAAAUGAAAAUAUUACCUUCAUCGUAUACAGGCAGUCCAAGGCAUAUGCAUGAAUACGCCCAAGAUGCAAUGUGUUAUGUCAGAAAUUAUGGUCGACCCGACUUAUUCAUAACUUUUACAUGCAAUCCGAAAUGGGAUGAUAUUAAGAAUCAUUUAUAUCCUGGACAAUCAGCUACUGAUAGGCAUGACAUUACUGCAAGAGUGUUUAGACGAAAGCUACAGUCUCUAAUGGAUUUCAUUGUAAAACAUAAAGUUUACAGAGAUGUACAAUGUUUCAUGUAUUCUGUGGAAUGGCAAAAAAGAGGCUUGCCUCAUGCGCAUAUUUUGAUUUGGUUAAAACAAAAACUAACCACAGAUAAAAUUGAUGAUAUUAUAUGUGCUGAAAUUCCAGAUAUAAAUGAAGAUCCCGAAUUACAUGCUACUGUAACCAAAAACAUGAUUCAUGGACCGUGUGGUACGUUAAAUCAAAAUUCUCCAUGUAUGGUUGAUGGUAAAUGUUCAAAAAAUUACCCAAAGCAAUUAAUUGCUGAAACAAUGACUGGAAAUGAUGGAUAUCCAAUGUACCGUAGAAGAUCACCAGAAGAUAAUGGAAAAACAGUCACUGUAAAAAUAAAUAAUCAAGAUGUGGAGAUCGAUAACCGUUGGAUAGUUCCGUAUUCCAAAUUAUUAUCGAAAACAUUUAACGCACAUAUAAAUGUUGAAUAUUGUAACUCCGUAAAAUCCAUCAAAUACAUAUGCAAAUAUAUCAAUAAAGGAAGUGACAUGGCAGUAUUUGGAGUUGCAAAUCAAAAUGAUGAAAUUACUAAUUACCAAAUGGGAAGAUACAUUAGUAGUAACGAAGCAGUUUGGAGGAUAUUAUCAUUUCCGAUUCAUGAUCGCCAUCCAGCUGUUAUUCAUUUGUCAGUCCAUUUAGAAAAUGGACAACGUGUUUAUUUCGAUGAAAAUACUGCUCAACAAAUGGCUGAACGACCACCAGCAACAACACUAACUGCAUUUUUCAACUUAUGUGAAACAGAUUCAUUUGCAAGAACAUUUCUUUAUUCAAAUGAGCCUAAAUAUUAUACUUGGAAUGCAUCAUCAAACUCAUGGGUACGAAGGCAACGAGGAAUACCUGUAGAUGGAUAUCCUGGUGUUCAUUUGGGUGAUGCAAUCGGACGACUUUACACUGUGCAUCCAAGUCAAGCGGAAUGUUUCUAUUUACGUUUACUCUUAGUUAAUAUUCCCGGCCCAAGAUCAUUCCAAAGUUUGAAACGAGUUAAUGGUAAUCUUUGUUAUACUUAUCGGCAAGCAUGCGAAGAAUUGAAUUUGCUUGAAAAUGACAAUCAUUGGAAUGCAACUCUUAUGGAUGCAUGUGCAACAAGUUCUCCACACCAAAUAAGAACACUAUUUGCCAUCAUUAUUGCUACAUGUUUCCCAGCAAACCCAAUAGAAAUGUGGAGAAGUUACCGAGAAUACAUGACAGAAGAUAUUCUAAAUCAAGUACGUCGCAUUACUGCAAAUCCAAAUUUGAAUUACACAGAUGAAUUAUAUAAUGAGGCAUUAAUUAAAAUCGGAGACUUUUGCCUGAUGACUGCAAAUAAAACUCUGAGUGAGUUAGGUAUGAUCGCACCCAAUCGUCCGAUGCAUGAUGCAUACAAUGCAGAAUUAAGACGUGAAAAAGAAUAUGAUCGAAAUGAGCUGAACACAUUUGUAACCACAAACCUACCAAAAUUAAACACAGAACAAAGGCAGGCAUAUGACACAAUUAUAGACAAUGUUGCAAAUGAAAGAGGAGGAAUAUUCUUCUUAGAUGCACCAGGUGGGACUGGAAAAACGUUUUUGUUGUCGUUAAUUUUGGCCACCAUUCGAUCACAGAAUAAUAUUGCAUUGGCUUUGGCAUCAUCUGGAAUAGCGGCAACUUUAUUGGAUGGCGGUCGCACUGCCCAUUCUGCAUUAAAGUUACCAUUAAAUAUGCAAGUAAAUGAAGAACCAACUUGCAAUAUUUCUAAAAAUUCUGGAAUGGGAAAGGUUUUACAAACAUGUAAAAUUAUUGUAUGGGAUGAAUGUACGAUGGCUCAUAAAAAAUCACUGGAAGCCUUAAAUAGAACACUGAAAGAUUUGCGAAAUAACACAAACAUAUUUGGUGGUGCACUAAUUCUAUUGGCCGGUGAUUUUCGACAAACUUUGCCUGUUAUUCCCAAAUCAACAGCAGCUGAUGAAUUGAGAGCAUGCCUUAAAUCUUCUAAUCUGUGGAGAUAUGUUCAAAAACUCACAUUAACUACCAAUGUUCGUGUGCAGUUACAGAAUGAUCCAACAGCUGCUGAAUUUUCCGAACAUUUGUUGCAAAUUGGAAAUGGACGAAAGCCAAUUGAGAAGAAUACAGGCAUGAUCACACUUCCAACUAAUUUUUGUACCGUAACAGUAUCAAGAGUACAAUUAGUGCAAAAUGUAUUCCCAAAUAUUGCACAAAACUAUCGAAAUCAAGAUUGGCUAAGCGAGAGAGCUAUAUUAGCUGCCAAAAAUGUCGAUGUCAAUGAAAUCAAUGCCAGUAUUUUGACUCAAAUUCCAGGUGAAGUUGUGACCUAUAAAUCAAUUGAUUCAAUCACUAAUCCCGACGAUGUAGUGAAUUAUCCCAUUGAAUUUUUGAACUCACUUGAUUUGCCUGGCUUGCCACCACAUCGUUUGCAAUUGAAAGUCGGCGCAGUGAUCAUUAUGUUACGAAAUAUCAAUCAGCCGAAACUAUGCAAUGGGACAAGAUUAGCAGUGAAACGGACAAUGAAUAAUGUAAUUGAAGCAACAAUUUUGCAAGGCAAAUUUAAAGGUGAAGAUGUUUUGAUUCCGCGUAUUCCAAUGAUUCCAACAGAUAUGCCUUUUGAUUGUAAACGAAUUCAAUUUCCCAUUCGCCUUACUUUUGCUAUUACUAUCAAUAAGUCUCAAGGUCAAACACUUCAAUUGUGUGGAAUUGACCUAACUUAUCCAUGCUUUGGACAUGGACAACUGUAUGUAGGAUGUUCGCGAGUAGGGAAACCAUCGUUACUAUAUAUUUAUACACCACAUGAAAAUAAAACCAAAAAUGUUGUGUAUCAGAAGGCGUUAGAAUAA